AUGUCUGCUGAGCCUUCCAAGACCAAUGCCUACUCUGAGAUCGCCAUGGGCGCCGUCAAGGAGAACGUCGGCUGGGCCGUCGGCAACAAGCAGAUGGAGGCCGAGGGCCUCGCGCGCAAGGAGAAGGGCAACGCCGAGCUCGAGGCGGCCAAGGCCGAGCAGCGCGCCAUCGGCACCAAGGACCAGGUCAAGGGCAACAUCAAGGAGGCCGCCGGCAACGUGCUCGGCAACGAGCAGUGGCAGGCCGAGGGCAAGGGCGACCAGCUCAAGGGCGACGCCCGCAAGGCCGCCAACCAGUAG